CACUCACAUUAUCCCAACCAAACCAAACCAUGCCCGGGCGCGAUUGCCACCCCCUCCCUUUUCCCCCACUCGCUUGCACUCACACUGUACUUAUCUAUCCGGGCCCAAGCUCGCUUUCGUCACGCGUUCGUGGCGCUUACGUCAUUAUGAUGCGACUGCUUGAAUCACAACAGGAAGCGAAGCGUUGUCUCCUCGGAACAAUGGAGCCCAUCGAGAUGUUGCGUUUGUUGCUUUUACUUUUUAAUCGUUUGGGUCGCGGGGAUACACAGCCUUGUCCUAUGCCAAACACUGUGAUUUGUCGAUCUAUCGCGUAUGCCGCUCAGACAUUUAAACGUAACCGUGCUGCGCGCAUCAGAAGAUUUGCAAGGAGGCAAAUGAAGCUGAGGGAAGAGUUUGCUGCUUUACUAACCGAGUACAAUUCCCGUUCAUCAACAAGGACCAUCUGGAUGCAGCAGAGAUAUGGUGUGUGGUGGGAACACGUUCUCACAAGCUGGACGGACACUGAAUGGAGGAUCAAUUUCAGAAUGAGAAAGACAACGUUCUUGGAAUUGUGCAACAUCCUUCGGCCAUACCUUCAUAGAGAAACAACAACUUUCAGGAAACCAGUGCCGGUGGAACAGCGUGUGGCGAUCAGCAUCUGGAGACUAGCCACAAACGUAGAGUUCAGGACCAUAGCCCAUUUAUUUGCAAUUGGACAGUCAACUGCUGUUACUAUUGCUAAUCAUGUUGCAUCAGUAAUAGUGGACAAGUUGCUGCCCCUUUAUAUCCGGACACCCUCAGUGGAUGAAGUGCAGAUCAUAAUUCAGGGCUUCCGUGACCGGUGGGGAUUCCCGCAAUGUGGAGGUGCUAUUGAUGGUACUCAUAUUGGGAUCUUGGCUCCACCUGACUGCCCUGCAGACUAUUACAAUCGUAAAGGUUUUUACUCUGUCAUCCUGCAGGGUGUGGUUGACCAUCGACUUCCGUUUUGGGACAUAAAUGUGGGCUGGCCGGGCAAAGUCCAUGAUGCACGAGUGUUUGGCAAUUCAUCACUGUUUGAAAGGGGUCAGAGUGAUACACUGUUUCCUGAUAUCAAAGAAAGGUUUGCUGGUGUAGACGUACCAAUUGUCAUUUUAGGGGAUGCAGCAUAUCCGUUGUUGCCAUGGUUAAUGAAGCCAUAUCCAGAAACACAACAAACAACCCCUGCACAGAUAACCUUUAACAACCGACUAAGCAGAGCACGGAUGACUGUUGAGAGGGCAUUCGGUCUUCUUAAGGGAAGAUGGAGAUGUUUAAUGAAGCGCUAUGACUGCCAAAUUGAUAACAUCAAUACCAUAAUCUCUGCUUGUUGUGUGCUUCACAAUUUUUGUGAAAGUAAUGACGAGGAAUUUGAUGACAGAGACCUUCGUGUUCAUGAAGAUUUUGAGUCUCGUGAAUGUAACCCUCUUAAUUCCAACACUAUGUCAGGUGCCUAUCGAGAUGCACUAUGUUCAUAUUUUGCAAAUCUGUAAUGCUUUUUGAUCCUUUGUUGCUUGUUUUGUAUCGUGCUCGUGAUAAAUAAAUAGUUUCUAUUCCAAUUACAUUGUCAUGCUUUUUAAUCCUGUAUAUUAUUGUGUUGCUUCCAUGCAACAUGGCUUGUUUAUUUUUGUUUUACAUUGAUUGGUCAAUCCUAUCUUAAAGGGACACUUCACCUAUUUGCAUUAAACUUUGUAUAGUUAGAACCCCAGUCAUGUUUUGGAACGGUCCAAUAUCUUUGUUGAGGGGGUGAGACUACAAUCACCCCUUUUCUCGGUCAGAUAGGCACCAAAUUCCAAAUGUAUGUUACAUUUCGACUACAGAUAUGAUACACUUUCAAUAAAGAUUGUCUCUAUGGGUGAAAUGCUCCUUUAAGGAAGGUGAACUGAAAUACUAUGUAUUAAAAAAUAAAGGUGACAUGAACCACA